UGUGACUUCCCUGCGGGAGCAGAGACAGCUUCUCUCUCUCCCUGGCCACACCGGCCCACCCGACCCCUGCCCUCGCUCGAUGCUGACGCCCGGGCGGUAACAUGAAGCCGGCCCGCGCUCUGGUUCCUCUGCUGCUGCAGGCAUGCUGGGCGGCCGCUCAGGACCUCCCGGGCAAUGACAGGGCCGUCGCCUUCCAGGACUGCCCUGUGGACCUCUUCUUUGUGCUGGACACCUCCGAGAGCGUGGCCUUGAGGCUGAAGCCCUACGGGGCCCUGGUGGACAAGGUCAAGUCCUUCACCAAGCGCUUCAUCGACAACCUGAGAGACAGGUACUACCGCUGUGACCGCAACCUGGCGUGGAACGCGGGCGCGCUGCACUACAGCGACGAGGUGGAGAUCAUCAGCUCGCUCACCCGCAUGCCCGGCGGUCGCGAUGCCCUCAAGGCCAGGGUGGAUGCAGUCAAGUACUUUGGCAAGGGCACAUACACGGACUGCGCCAUCAAGAAGGGGCUGGAGGAGCUGCUCGUGGGGGGCUCCCACCUGAAGGAGAACAAGUACCUGAUCGUGGUGACGGACGGGCACCCCCUGGAAGGCUACAAGGAGCCGUGCGGGGGCCUGGAAGACGCUGUCAACGAGGCCAAGCACCUGGGCAUCAAAGUCUUCUCCGUGGCCAUCACACCCGACCACCUGGAGCCACGUCUGAGCAUCAUUGCCACGGACCACACUUACCGGCGCAACUUCACGGCAGCUGACUGGGGGCAGAGCCGGGACGCGGAGGAGGUCAUCAGCCAGACCAUUGACACCAUCAUCGACAUGAUCAAAAACAACGUGGAGCAAGUGUGCUGUUCCUUCGAGUGCCAGCCCGCCAGAGGACCUCCCGGGCCACGGGGUGACCCCGGGUAUGAGGGGGAACGUGGGAAGCCAGGUCUCCCAGGAGAGAAAGGAGAAGCCGGAGACCCCGGAAGGCCUGGAGACCUCGGACCCGUCGGCUACCAGGGGAUGAAGGGAGAAAAAGGGAGCCGAGGGGAGAAGGGCUCCAGGGGAUCCAAGGGCUACAAGGGUGAGAAGGGCAAGCGUGGCAUCGAUGGCGUGGACGGCAUGAAGGGGGAGACGGGGUACCCCGGCCUGCCAGGCUGCAAGGGCUCGCCUGGAUUCGACGGAACUCAAGGACCCCCCGGGCCCAAGGGCGACGUGGGUGCCUUCGGACUGAAAGGAGAAAAGGGUGCGCCUGGAGCUGACGGGGAGCCUGGGAGGCCGGGGAGCACGGGGCCCCCUGGGGACGAGGGCGAGCCGGGGCUGCCUGGUCCCCCGGGAGAGAAGGGAGAGGCCGGCGACGAGGGAAACCCAGGACCGGACGGCGCCCCGGGAGAGAGGGGCGGCCCUGGGGAGAGAGGACCACGGGGGACCCCAGGCGUGCGCGGCCCCAGGGGAGACCCGGGCGAAGCUGGACCCCAAGGCGACCAGGGACGAGAAGGCCCCGUCGGCACCCCCGGAGACCCGGGCGAGGCUGGCCCCAUUGGACCCAAAGGGUACCGAGGUGACGAGGGGCCUCCAGGGCUUGAGGGUGCCAGAGGGGCCCCAGGGCCUGCAGGACCCCCCGGAGACCCCGGGCUGAUGGGCGAAAGGGGGGAAGACGGCCCACCCGGAAACGGCACUGAGGGCUUCCCUGGCUUCCCUGGCUAUCCAGGCAGCAGGGGCCCCCCCGGGAUAAACGGCACCAAAGGCUACCCUGGCCUCAAGGGGGACGAGGGAGAACCCGGAGACCCUGGAGAGGACAACAAUGACAUCUCACCCCCGGGCGUCAAAGGAGCCAAGGGGUACCGGGGCCCCGAAGGCCCCCAGGGACCCCCAGGACACACAGGACCACCAGGUCCAGAUGAAUGUGAGAUCUUGGACAUCAUCAUGAAAAUGUGCUCUUGCUGUGAGUGCAAGUGUGGCCCCAUCGACAUCCUCUUCGUGCUGGACAGCUCGGAGAGCAUCGGCCUGCAGAACUUUGAGAUCGCCAAGGACUUCAUCAUCAAGGUCAUCGACCGGCUGAGCAGAGACGAGCUGGUCAAGUUUGAGCCCGAGGAGUCUCACGCGGGCGUGGUGCAGUACAGCCACAACCAGAUGCAGGAGCACGUGGACCUGAGAAACUCCAACAUCAAGAACGUUCAGGAGCUCAAGGAAGCCAUCAAGAAGCUGCAGUGGAUGGCGGGGGGCACGUUCACGGGCGAGGCCCUGCAGUACACGCGGAACCAGCUGCUGCCGCCCACGACCAACAACCGGAUAGCACUAGUCAUCACUGACGGCCGCUCCGACACCCAGAGGGACCCCACCCCGCUCAACGUGCUCUGCGGCCCAGACAUCCAGGUGGUCUCUGUUGGCAUCAAGGACAUGUUUGGCUUUGUGGCGGGCUCCGACCAGCUCAACGUCAUCUCCUGCCAUGGGCUGGCGCCCCAGGGCCCACCGGGCAUCUCGCUGGUGAAGGAGAACUACGCCGAGCUGCUGGAGGACGCAUUCCUGAAGAACAUCACCACCCAGAUCUGCAUAGACAAAAAAUGCCCAGACUACACCUGCCCAAUCACCUUCUCCUCGCCGGCCGACAUCACCAUCCUGCUGGACGGCUCGGCCAGUGUGGGCAGCCACAACUUCGACACCACCAGGAGCUUCGCCAAGCGGCUGGCCGAGCGCUUCCUGACGGCGGGCAGGACGAGCCCCUCGCACGACGUGCGGGUGUCGGUGGUGCAGUACAGCGGCCCCAGGCAGCAGCAGCCUGCGCGCGCCUCGCUGCAGUUCCUGCACAACUACACCGUGCUGGCCAACACCGUGGACGGCAUGACCUUCUUCAACGACGCCACCGACGUCAACGACGCCCUCAGCUACGUGACGCGCUUCUACCGCGAGGCCUCGUCGGGCGCAGCCAAGAAGAGGCUGCUGCUCUUCUCCGACGGCAACUCGCAGGGCACCACGGCGGCGGCCAUCGAGAAGGCGGUGCAGGAGGCCCAGCGGGCAGACAUCGAGAUCUUCGUGGUGGCGGUGGGCCGCCAGGUGAACGAGCCCCACAUCCGCGUCCUGGUCACGGGCAAGGCGGCCGAGUAUGACGUGGCCUAUGGUGAGCGCCACCUGUUCCGUGUGCCCAGCUACCAGGCCCUGAUGCGCGGCGUCUUCUACCAGACUGUGUCCAGGAAGGUGGCGCAGGGCUAGCUCGGGCGCCUCUCCCGCCACCAGGGCAGGAAGUGAGACGUGACAUGAAUGCUCCUGACCAGCCUGAUGAGCUCAGUGUUUUAAAGGAAAGGCUUGAAAAGCCGCGUGUGCUCUGCCCACCCCUGUGGUCCCGGGACCUCGCCAGCGCCUGCCCCGCUCUCGUGUUAGCAGCCCCCAGCCCACCCCCCAGCCCCCAGCAGGCUCUGAAUCCCCGAGGCUGCCUCCCUCCUCCCGUUCUGGGGGGGUCGCUUGAGUGCGGCCUCCCCUCCCGCACGCCCCCCCCCCCCCGUAGCCUGAUUUUUCUUGCUAACCCUACAGAAUUCUUUAGUUAGCCUUUCAUGUACACUCUCGAAUUCUGCUAGUAAAGUCGUGUGAGAUGGUGGAUGCUUCGUUUCUGGAAAGUCACGGUUGAGAGGAUUUUUAAAACAUGACCCCUGGCGAGCAGACUCCUCCACAUGAGGUUCUCCUCCUUCCGGGCUCAGACCUUGGUUCCCGAGGGCUCAGCCGCAGAGCUCAGGGCGAGCAAACACCAACCAGCAUCUCCAGAAGGCGGCAGAAAAUGGUGACUCCCCGACCCUGUGUCCCCGAAAAAAAACCCCAAUUACAAAGGUGCUACCUGUAGACCCCCGCCCCUUUUACUCGGAGCCCUGGGCCAUCCAGUGGCACACAGUGAUGUGUUUAAAAAUAAAUAAAUAAAUAAAUAAAUAAAUAAAUAAAUAAAUAAAUAAAAAAUAACCCAAAGCUCUUUUUCCUCAAGGGAGUGAUUGGUUCCACAUUUUAUUGAAGAUCCUCUUGGUUUUAUUUUUAGUCCUUCCUGUGUUUUGUCUCACUGUGUCUAUCAGAGACUUUUUGAAAUAAAAGUUUCCCUCCUC